AUGAAGGUCGAAUCCUCAGCUCCAAGAUCCUACAAAUCGAAGCCCUAUUCUAGACCAGAUCGUCAUAGGGUUAAUGCCCUCGAAGAUGAAGGGGAGGAAGAGGAACCUCCUAAGAUCACUGACUAUUGUUUUUAUGUGGAUGUUUCAGGUUUAAUCCAUGCUAUGCAGGAUCUCAGAGAUAAAGCAAGGUGGAUAAAGAAGGAAAACAAGCCCACCAAUUGGAAAGACAAGUCUAAACGGUGUGCUUACCACGAAUAUUUUGGUCAUAUGACGGAGGAUUGCAUAGCCCUAAGGAAGGAGAUUAGUUAUCUCAUUAGCAAACGACAUCUUAAAGAGACCCUCAGAAGAAAGAAAGAAAAGUCCAAGGAGAACAACCAGGAUGGUCACAAGAUCCCGAAGAAACAAGGAUCUCCACCCCCAAAUGCCAAGAUAAUUAAUGUUAUCUCAGGCGGAUCUAACAUUUGUGGUACUUCUUAUUUUCAGGCUAAAAGACAAAACAAGGUCUCUAAAACAGAAAAAGAGAAUAGAUCACGGAAGAAUACCUUAGUUAGCAAGAAAAAGGAAAUCACGCUUGACGAGACGGACAGGGAAGGGAUCCAGGAUCCUCACCAUGAUGGACUCAUGAUAACAAUGUACAUUGCCAACCAAUUCGUCAGAAGGAUCCUUGUUGACAGAGUAUCCUCGGUCAACAUCGUACUCUUGGAUGCACUGAAGAGGAUGAACAUCCUGGAAUCGGAGAUAAUCAAAAGAUCCUCGGUCCUCAUAGGAUUUAGUGGAGAAACGAAACACACCAUUAGGGAGAUAAAACUACCAAUAUACAUAGAGGGGGUGAAAUAUAUACAAACUUUUUGUGUUAUUGACGCUUUAUCUUCUUAUAAUGUGGUAUUAGGUAGACCAUGGAUCCACGAGAUGAAGGAGGUUCCAUCAAUAUAUCUUCAGUGUGUAAAGAUGCCUACGAUGAAACCCCAACAAGCAUAA